UCAUUUCCUCCAGCAGGGAGCGAGCAGAGAGGAUCAGCAGCAGCGGUCCAGCCUGGCUGCUUCUCCCCCCUUCAACUUCCGUGGAUCGACUUCAGCUCCGUUCAGCAUAAACUCAGCGCUUCACAAGUUAACAGUGAAACUCAGCUGGUUUACAUUAUAGUAAGAGACAUAUCUUUUUUGGAAGAAAACGAGCCCGAUACACAAGAAAGAGAGAAAGAGGAGGAGAAGAAAACUUGAACGGACCAUCCUGCCUCGUUAAAGGGAGCUGCACACAGUGACAGACAGGAGGAAGUGUCAGAAAACAGGAAAACAGCCCUUCACAAGUCCUCACAUGUCCAAGCACACCACAUGUCCCUCUGAUAAACAUUUACUUGGAGACUUGAUGUCAGUCCGAGUUUCAGCCAUGAGCGUCCUUCCUCCUGUUCGAAAGGACCGAAUCAUCGCUCAGCUCCCUCAGUAUUUCAGGAAAGAUGCAGCUCUCCACACUAAGGAGGAUUUCAACAAUAAAGUGAAGACUGCGUGUCAGGAGCAGCGGACCGGCACAGUGGGCAGAUUUAAAAUCUCCAAGGUCAUUGUGGUGGGUGACCUGGCUGUGGGGAAAACCUGUCUGAUUAAUAGAUUUUGCAAGGAUGCUUUUGACAAGAACUACAAAGCGACGAUCGGUGUUGACUUUGAGAUGGAGCGGUUUGAGGUGCUGGGUGUUCCCUUCAGUCUGCAGCUGUGGGACACUGCAGGUCAAGAGAGGUUCAAGUGCAUCGCUUCUACAUACUACAGAGGAGCACAGGUCGUGAUUAUCGUCUUUGACGUAAAUGAUGUUGCCUCUCUGGGACAUACGAGGCAGUGGCUCGAAGACGCCUUGAAAGAAAACGACCCCACCGCUGUUCAGCUGUUCCUCGUGGGCACAAAGAAAGACCUGAGUUCUCCUGCUCAGUACUCUCAGAUCGAACAAGAUGCCCUCAAAAUAGCGAAGGAGAUAAGCGCAGAGUAUUGGGCAGUGUCGUCACUGACAGGCGAAAACGUGAGAGAGUUUUUCUUCCGGGUUGCAUCAUUGGCAUUUGAGACCAAUGUUCUUGCCGAGCUGGAGAAAAGUGGAACGAGGCAAAUCGGAGACGUAGUCAGAAUUAACAGCACCUCAAGCAAUCUGUACUCUACAUCAAAGAAGAAGCAGCCCAACUGCUGUCACUAAGGAUGAGAGAGUUUAUAAAGUCAAAGGUACGGACUGAAAGUAAGGAUUUUUUCUCUGUGGAAAAAUGACUGUGGCUGCUCUCCAGCACAUGGGAGUGAUUCUGUGGUUAAAGCAGGAUGAGGAGGAGGAGGAGGAGGAGGAGGAGGGACACUGGAGUCUUAACUUCCGGACAUGUUUGAAUUCAGUUUUUCCUGCCCUAGAAAGAUUUUUCCUCAGUGGGAUGUGGAUUCUUGCGGUGUUGCUCAGUUUAACUUGUGUGGAGUUACAGAGUGACACAGCAAUUACACAAAAAUGACCUUUCCAGUACUGACUGCCGCCCUGCAUGCCAAAGAAUGACUGUGGAUGAUUUUAACAUGAUGUAUGUAGGGGAUGUGUGGAUGCUUAUUUUACUUAGUGCUUGAAUUAAAUAUUCAGUUUCGCUGCUUCA